AUGCCAUCCUUUCUGUUACUCAGUUUCUCUUCUUGCGCCGUGCUCAGCUGGGCGCUCUUGGCAAGCGGCGGCAGCAGCACUGGGAGCAGCGGCGGGAACCGAGGCGGCGGGCUCCCUGUGGUGGAGGAAACGCAGAAGAUCGAGGUCCUGGUGCUUCUACCCAAGGACAACGCUUACAUGUUCUCCUUGGCCAGGGUCAAGCCGGCCAUCGAGUACGCGCUGCGUAGCGUGGAGGAAAAUGGGACUAGGCGACAGCUGCUUCCACAGGGCUACAGCUUCCAGGUGGACUAUCAGGACUCACACUGCGGCAACCAGGCCCUCUUCAGUUUAGUUGAUCGAGUGGCAGUGGCCCGGAAGUCUAAACCAGACUUGAUCCUGGGCCCCGUCUGCGAAUAUGCGGCAGCACCUGUGGCCCGGCUGGCGUCGCACUGGGACCUGCCUAUGCUGUCGGCUGGAGCUCUUGCCGCUGGCUUCAAACAUAAGGAGAGCGAGUUCUCGCACCUUACCCGUGUGGCACCCGCCUACGCUAAGAUGGGAGAGAUGAUGCUCGCCUUGUUCCGGCAUCACCAGUGGAGUCGGGCUGCCCUGAUCUACAGUGAUGACAAGCUGGAGCGGAACUGUUACUUCACCCUGGAGGGGGUCCAUGAGGUCUUCCAGGAGGAGGGCUUGCACACAUCCGCCUACAGCUUCGACGAGACCAAAACCAUAGACGCAGAAGAGGUCGUGCGCUACAUCCAGGCCAGCGAGAGGGUUGUGAUCAUGUGUGCCAACAGCAAUACAAUCAGGAACAUCAUGUUAACUGCUCACCGGCAAGGAAUGACCAAUGGGGACUAUGCUUUCUUCAAUAUCGAACUCUUCAACAGCUCUUCAUAUGGAGAUGGCUCGUGGAAGCGAGGAGACAAACACGACCUUGAAGCUAAGCAAGCGUACUCAUCCCUCCAAACAGUUACUCUACUGAGGACAGUGAAACCCGAGUUUGAGAAGUUUUCCAUGGAGGUGAAAAGUUCUGUUGAGAAACAAGGACUCAAUGAAGAGGAUUACGUUAACAUGUUUGUGGAAGGAUUCCAUGAUGCCAUACUUCUCUAUGGUCUGGCUUUACAUGAAGUGCUGAGGGCUGGCUAUAGCAAGAAGGAUGGAGGAAAAAUCAUUCAGCAGACUAGGAACAGAACAUUUGAAGGUAUUGCAGGACAGGUAUCUAUUGAUGCCAAUGGAGACAGAUACGGCGAUUUUUCUGUGAUUGCAAUGACUGAUCCAGAAGCAGGAACCCAAGAGGUUAUUGGUGAUUACUUUGGAAAACUGGGUCGUUUUGAAAUGAGACCAAAUGUAAAGUAUCCUGGGGGACCUUUAAAACUGAGAAUAGAUGAAACCAGAGUUAUGGAGCACUCGAACUCUUCUCCUUGUAAAUCACCAGGUGGCCUAGAAGAAUCAGCUGUCACAGGAAUUGUUGUGGGUGCUUUACUAGGAGCUGGCUUAUUAAUGGCCUUCUACUUUUUCAGGAAGAAAUACAGAAUAACCAUUGAGAGACGAAACCAGCAGGAAGAAAACAACAUCGGAAAGCAUCGAGAAUUAAGGGAGGAUUCUAUCAGAUCCCAUUUUUCGGUGGCAUAAGGGAAGCCCUCCCAUUCUUCCUUAAAUGCUUUAAGAAGAUGGACGGAAUGAGAGACAUCAGUGUAACAAAAGAGGGGCUCUUGAAGACUCAUUCUUUUAAACCGUUAGCUCAUUUUGUUCUUAAAUUUCUUUAGAAGCUCAGGAAUGAUUUACUAAUCACAUUAUGCCACAUGGCCUUUCAUCUCAUGACAAGCAAAUAUAAGGAUGAAGUGUUAUUCAAUAAGAUAUUCUUAAUUGUUUAGAGGGUCUAUGGAUAUGUUUAUGGUUCUUAGGUCUGACGUCUCUAGAAUUUGAUGGCUCUACCAGCCACGCCAAGCAAGGGUAUAAAGCUGUGGUUUCUUGGACUGAAAAGCUACCUUAUGACCAGUAUAAAAGCAUCUUUACUUAUAGAUUAAUCUUGGAAAGGAUUUAACAUUCAAAACUCUCUUAGUGAGAAAUGGAAAGGUUGGAAAAACAGUGUCACUCUCUGGAGCCAGUAGGCAGUUUUGAAGUUCAGGACUGACUUGUCCUUCAGCCAAUAUGAGCUGUCAGAUUCUGACUACAUGUCUAAAAUGAGGAUCUCCUCCCUGCCCCCCUUCCAGGGAAAAAGUAAAUUGUAAAUACUAGUGAGGUAUGAGAAGUUUUGUACAGGAAAAACAACAAUUAUGAGCCUAUAUGUAUAUGGGGAGGGGAAAUCUAUUCCACAGUAGCAUUUUACUCUUAGGUAUUUUUAUCUUUUUUUUUUUUUUUGCUAAUAGUAAACAUCUAUUUUUUGCACAUGUUUAAAAUUCAACAAUAAGAGAGGAAUAAAAUGUUU